UAUGAAAAACUGAAAAGUAAGUUGUAUUCCUUUUUCUCUGGUUCUGAGCUGAGGUUCUGAAUUGACAGUCAGUGCAUGCAGUGAUGGCGACUGUUACGAAUGAUUCUACUCUUCGCAGUUUGUGUAUUUAUAAUCCUGACCUAAGCACAAAGGAGGGAACGGAAGACAAAAAGAUUCUGUAUUACUACCCUCACGAUGAUUCUCUAAACAGGAAGGUCCGCAACAUAGGCUUGUGUGAGGCACUGGUGAACUUUACCCGGACCUUCCACCCCAGGCGCCCGUGUGAGGCUGUUCACACAGAGAAAAUGAGACAGGUGUUCCUUGAGCCAGAAGAAAAUCACUGGAUGGUCAUGUCAGUAACAAUACCCUGGGCUGAAGUAAUUAGCAAUGGAGAGAAGAGUAUAGUAUACUAUGAAGACCAUGUGCAGGAUAGUGUGUUGGAAGCAUCCUUGACUACUAUGUACCUCACUUUCAAAUUUUUUAACGGGUCGUUUGGUAGUAUUGUAGAUAGCCAUGGAUUGGAAGGACUAAAGAAGAGGAUGGACAUGUUUCUUACAAGGUAUAUUAUGUCGAUGGACGUUGGCAAACUGGAUAUAUUCACUGUGUUUCAAGGCAUACAAUUCCUCCCGCUGGACAAGUACAUGUACCUCAAAGUCCACUGCUUCGUCAAUCUCAUAGAAACUACUUUCAGGAGUAUACAGAGGACAGUGCUGGUGUACAAUGACCAAUUGGUGUGGAGUGGUUUAGAGCAGGCUGACAUCAAGGUGUUUUAUCAGUAUCUGCUCUCCUGGCUCCUCCCACAAGACCCCUCCCCUACCAUGCAGACUAUGUCGUCUAUUGCUGCCUCUGUGAAGUCUGUCGUGGGUACCACCUCCUCUCAAACAGGAAGAUUUCUAAUUGGUGACGAAGGGAGUGUUCGUGUUGGUGUAGCGGGGGUGGGCGAUGGUGGCAAGGCUCCCUGGGUGUACAUCCAUAUGGAUGGAUCUGUUCAGAGCUGCAAGCUUUAUGUUUAUACAGCUGGAAAUGCUCUGAUGUGCUUCUUUGUUCAAAGAGAGAAAGCUUCUCCCUCAUCUGACUUCUGUAAGCGGUUGAACACUUUCCUUGGACCAAGGCUAGCACAAAUUUCCCGAGAGAUUUCUGACUUUAGAGACAAAUCUAAACCUCAAGGCCUGGACCCCCAGUAUCGAUUCAUCUACUUUAAUGAGAUGAACCUCGCAGUAAAGUCCCCUUUACUUUCACGACGUUCAACCUAUGUGAACAUUUUGUCAGAAGCUAUGAAGCUGCUAGCUGAUAUAAACUCAGAGUAUGACAGUAUAGAGGAGGGGGAAACAAUCAUGCGUACACUAGGGGACUCAUGGGUGGUCACCAGGAAGUCGGGUCAUCGGAGGUUUUUUGUGGUCCUCAAUCAGAAGAGUGCCAACUUUGCUGAGAUCAAUGAGGAAGUAAGAAAACUGUGUCAGAAAGAAUUCACCAACAUUUUUUUCUUAGACUAAGAAAUUAUUAUGGGCUAAUGUGCUCCGUUUGUGUGUCACUUACAUGUAAAUUAUGUGUUUUUUUGUAAUACUGUCAUAAUAACCGGGCUUCAGAAGGGGUUCACUAAAUUAUAUAGAACGCCAAGUCCAUAUUUUAUUGCACCCUCAUG